AUGACCGACACCAACCCCGGCGCCGUUCCCCGCCGGGCGCCGUUUGAACCCCCUUCCCGUGCAGGCUGUGAAAUGGCCCUUCUGCGGCUGCUGCCCAGGGCGCUGCCCCCGCUGGCCGGAGCGCUGGCCCGGCCGUGCUGCGGGCGGCCCCUGCACCGGGCGGCCCCGGCCCCGGCCCCGGCCCCGGCCCCGGCGGCUCCAGACUUCAAUAGCUUUGUCACUCGGACCAACACUUGCGGAGAGCUGCGUUCUGCUCACGUGGGACAAGAGGUCACACUGUAUGGAUGGAUUCAGUAUCAAAGACAAGGGCUGUUUCUGGUUUUGAGGGAUUUCCAGGGACUGACUCAGAUCAUCAUUCCACAGGAUGAGGCACAUUCCCAUGUGAAGAAGCUCUUGUCUAAUGCCCCAGUGGAGUCUGUUGUGCGAGUGACUGGAAUUGUGUCCCCUCGGCCCCCAGGACAGGAGAAUCCGAAAAUGCCAACAGGGGAUAUAGAAGUGAAGGCAGAGACUGCAGAGAUUCUAAACUCCUGCAAGAAGCUACCUUUUGAAAUCAAGGAUUUUAUCAAGAAAUCAGAGGCCUUACGGAUGCAGUAUCGCUACUUGGACUUGCGUGGCUUCCAGUUGCAGUAUAACCUGCGGCUGAGAUCACAGAUAGUGAUGAGGAUGCGGGAAUAUCUGUGUAACCUCCAUGGAUUUGUGGAUGUAGAAACUCCAACGCUCUUUAAAAGAACCCCAGGGGGAGCAAAAGAGUUCCUUGUGCCUUCGAGGGAAGCGGGCAAGUUCUACUCUCUGCCACAGAGUCCUCAGCAGUUCAAGCAGCUCCUCAUGGUUGGAGGCCUAGACAGGUACUUUCAGGUUGCUCGCUGCUAUCGAGAUGAAGGUUCGCGGCCUGACAGGCAGCCUGAAUUCACUCAGAUAGAUAUAGAGAUGUCAUUUGUAGAUCAAGCUGGGAUCCAGAGAUUGAUAGAGGGCCUUCUGCAAUAUUCCUGGCCUGAAGAAAGAGGCUGCAUUACAACUCCUUUCCCUUCCAUGACAUAUGAGGAGGCACUGGCUGACUAUGGGACUGAUAAACCAGACACUCGUUUUGGGAUGAAGAUAGUGGAUAUCAGUGACUUUGUACGAAAAUUGGACAUUCAGUUUGUGCAGAAUGCACUCAGUUUCCCACGCAGCUCUGUCAAAGCCAUUUGUAUCCCUCAGGGAGUGAGAUAUUUUAAAAAUAAAGAUUUGGAGUCAUUAAAGGAGUCUGCAAAAUCCCAGUUUAACCAGGAAAUCAUGGAAAUUAUCUGCAGGCCUGAUGGAAGCUUGAAGUCUGUGCUUACAAAGUUUCUUGGUGAGAAGCAGCAGUCAGAGCUUAUCCAAGUGCUGAACAUGCAGGUGGAUGAUGUGGUACUGCUGGCAGCUGGUGAACACAAGCAAGUGUGCUCUGCAUUAGGAAGCCUACGGUUGGAGAGUGCUGACCUCCUUGAGGCAGCUGGGCUGGUACUCCGUGAUCCUACGACUUUUCACUUUCUGUGGGUGGUGGAUUUUCCCCUCUUCCUCCCCAAGGAAGAGAAUCCCACUGAACUGGAAUCUGCUCAUCACCCUUUCACUGCUCCUCAUCCUUCAGAUACCAGCCUCCUCUAUUGUGAUCCCACAAAGGUCCGUAGCCAGCACUAUGACCUUGUGCUGAAUGGCAGUGAAGUUGGAGGUGGCUCCAUCAGAAUUCAUAGCGCAGAACAACAGCGUUUUGUGCUGGAGAAAGUGCUGAAGGAGGAUUCUGAGGUGCUUUCCCAUCUGCUUGAGGCUUUGGAGUUUGGAGCUCCACCUCAUGGAGGAAUUGCUUUAGGACUUGACAGGCUGAUCUCUCUCAUCGUUAAUGCUCCAAGUAUCAGAGAUGUCAUUGCUUUUCCUAAAUCCUUCAGGGGACGGGACCUGAUGGGCAGUGCUCCAGAUUACGUCAGUCCAGAAGAACUAGAGCCAUAUCACAUCCAGGUUUCCUGGCCUCUUGCAGAAAAAGAGGCAAAGCAAAACUGACUGAAAGCCAGUGAUGUAAGCUGAUCUGUUUAACCAGAGGUGGUUACAGCUUCUAAAUACUAGAAUUCAGUUCAGAAAAUGUCUGUUAUGGGAGGGCGGGGGGCAGUGCAACCCCACUGUACCAUGGCAGUUUCAGGAUUGAAUGGGAAAUAGAUAGGGCUCCCUGGUAGGACUUCACCUUUGGGUUGGUAAUGGGAAGGAGAAGUAGAAAAGCAAAAAAGAACAUAAUUUUAGCAUAGGAGAUUGAGAAUGUUGGCUUUAGGGUGUCACACUGGAGUGACAAUGGGAUCUAAUUUUUUUUCACCCCUCACUUUUUCCGUGUCCCUUCCAAAGUAUUUCUCUUCCCAUCUGGAGGAGAUGGUGUCAGCUUCCCUGGCAGAUGGUCUGUAUUCCUGAUGGUCAUUGAAUUUGUUAGCUGAGCACUGUUACAACAGAGCAGUGCUGGACUGGGCCAAGAGCUCUGGACACUUCACAGCAACACUUCACUGCAAGCAGCAGCUUGUCUCAUGCUGGAGGAUACAAGAUUGUCCAGAACUUGCAACAGGGAGUUCAUAUUCAGUUGUGUUCUCUCUUCAAAGACUGGGAGAGAAGUGUUUUUAUCACUUGCAACAGUUGUCCUCAUAAUACUUGUCAAACAGGAGAUGAUCUGCCUUUGGGGCCUGUGGUCCUACUGCUUUUCAGCACAUUAAUUCUGAAAUUUGUAUGUUUUGUAAAUAAACUUUAUCUGGCAAUGUG